UUGUCAAACUUCCUUGAUAUACAACACCCACAUGACUGUUGUCACAGUUUGGUGUAUAGGAAUGCUGAUUAAUGACUGGUGUGUUUUUGAAGGGCAUUCCCACACGCAGCAAUAGAAAACGUGUUUUCCCAGGCCACACCUCCUAUACAGGCAAUAAAGGAUACUGAGGGUGCUUUAGUCAGUUGUCAGACGCAUUUUCAGUUAUGGCAGUGAAUAUUGUUUCCCGUGCCCAAUGGGGAGCUCUUACUCCAAAUCAUAAAGACAACUUGCAAUAUCCAGCAAAGAGAGCUAUUAUUCACCACACAGCCAUGAGAAAUACCAAAACUCUAGCUGAGAGCAUCAGUGAGCUCCAAAUCAUCCAGAAAGGUCAUAUGCAAAACAAACAUUAUGAUGACAUAGGAUACAAUUUUCUUGUUGGAGAGGAUGGCACUGUGUAUGAAGGUAGAGGAUGGGGUGUCAUGGGAGCUCAUACCAAGGGCCACAAUAAAGACUCAUUAGGGAUUGCCUUCAUGGGGAAUUUUACUGAUGAAAGCCCAAGUUUAAAGGCACUAACAUCAGUCAAACAACUCCUUGAGGCUGGAGUUGCCCAAGGUUUUCUUCUCCCUGAAUUUCUGCUGUUCGGGCACAGAGAUCUGGGGAAUACAGAAUGUCCAGGAGCCAAACUCUACUCUGCUUUGCCACUACUGAGCUCAACCAGAUAAUCUGUGAAUAUCUCGUUUAUAAGAUAAACACAUAUUUGGUUACACAAACUACCUUCAUGAUGCACCAGGGGGUGCUACAACAUUGCACUAAGUGGUAGGAUUUCGGGGCCUUUUGUUAUGACAAGAUUGUAACUUGAAAAUGUAAUAUAAAUUGAAAUUAAGCAUUUGUACAAGAUAUACUGCAUGGUAUGUUUUAAUAUUUACAUACAAAAUAUUAGUUGGCGCAUUCAUUUAUUAUACUAGAAAAUGUAUUUGCGACUUGUAAGUUUCCUCCAAUGUGUUGCCUUGUAGCACAUAUAGGAUCAAAAACA